UUCCGGAGCUGGCGAAGGGAGGUUGCCCGGGUCGGACCCGGCGGCGGCGGCGGCCCGAACGGGCGGGCAUGGGGGGCUGCCUUUCCUCACAGGCGGCCGAUGACCUUUCGUUGCUCAACGACUCUACGGGCGACGGAGCGAGCCUUGGGCCUGGGGAUCAACCCCCACCGCCCACCUCUGCUCCGCCUCCCCCCUACCAGGAACAUGCGCCAAUUCCAGUGUAUCAUCCUACACCCAGCCAGGCACGUCUCGCCACACAACUGACAGAAGAGGAGCAGAUCCGAAUUGCUCAGAGGAUUGGGCUAAUCCAACACCUUCCCAAAGGAAUCUUUGAUCCAGGCUCAGAGCCAUCAGAAAAAAAAAUUAAAGAGUGUGUGAUCUGCAUGCUGGAUUUUGUAUAUGGAGACCCCAUCCGGUUCCUGCCAUGCUUGCACAUCUACCAUGUACACUGCAUUGAUGACUGGCUGAUGCGAUCAUUCACAUGUCCUUCGUGCAUGGAGCCAGUUGAUGCUGCUCUGCUGUCCUCCUAUGAGACUAAUUGAGGUGGCUCUGUGCCCUGCUCUUGUGAAUGUUUCCAGGCCUGGGCUAUGUGGGAGGCUAGGAGGUGGCACACACUUUUAUUUGCACACUUCUGGGAUACACCAAAGAAUUCUGUGGUGAAGAACCCUGGUCUCAGACCUCAAAGACAACACAGAGGCAUUUUGGCUUGGCUGGCUGUGCUAAAGGUUGACUUGUGCCAUAAUUGAGCAUUUGUACCCAAACUUGAUGACAAUUAAGGAAAAAUGGUAAUGCUGGAGUUGUCCUUUCACUCCUUCCACAAAUCUUUGUACGUCAAGUUUGUUGUCUGAAAUAAUUCUUUGCUCUCAUGUCCUUCUAAUUCCUCACUGAGUUUGCAGGUAGGGUUUUGUUCACUGAUCUUGGGAUUUCAGGUUAGAGGAAUUCUAGGGUUCUGGUUGGUUUGCAGUGGAAUCUGGGCCUUUCUCAAAGCAUUUUUAGCACUCACUCUUUCAUUGCAUGAAAGGAACGGUGCUUAGUAUUACUGGGUGGCAACAGCAGUGGUAUUUAUGUUGACCACUGUUGAAGUAUAUGUGCUGCACUGCAGAAGAGAAACAUACAAUUCUUUGAGAGACACUUUGUGGACAGAAACAUUGGGGGUGGGGCUAUAGCUUGUUAGGGUUAGCUGGAAGAAGAGUGCUUCUCUUUCAAAGUUCAUGUUUCAGCUAAGGAGACUGCCCAGAGGAAUGCUUCCUUCUCUUGUUUUCUGCUUUUAAAGUGUUUUUCUCAAUCAGGAUGGGUUUUUUUUAAUCCUUUCUGAAGUGUUUGCAGGUUAGGCUCCUGUGCUAAUAUUCUAAAGUUCAUAGGAAAGGGGGUACACAGGCUCCAUAGAGAAUGAUUUUAUCUUGUCACAUGACUAGAACAGAUUUAGAGAAGCAAACAGUAUUUUCUCUCCCACACUGAAAUACUCAUUCAGGUGUAGUUAACUGGAUUGCUGUUUGAUAAGUGAAGAUGGCUCACAGUUCAGAAUUUCUCCAUGAAAUUAUCUAGCAAAAGCAGCAUUGACAGUUUUUAGACAAUCCUGAUGGCAAGCUUGUACAGCGAGAGUUGGCAAAGUUAUUUGUAAAUAAGAAUUUUAUAGAAGGUUGGUGCUUCAGUACAGUGAAAUCCUUUCAAGAGACUUGACUAUGGGUUAAGGCAUUUAAGUGCACUACUAUAAAAAGUGAAGACAUUUUUGCUUGGCUGUUUGCCCAAUGUUUGCUGUUUGCCUUACACAAGUUCAAGUAAAAACUCUUGUCUCAUAGGAAACUGCCAGCACAGCCCACUGGUUAGUGCCAAGCAGCAAGUCCCUCCAUUUGGAAAGGUUGCCCUUAGUUAUGCUAUGUUGUUUAUUGCCUUGCAAGUGGAGAGGCGUGAAAGUGCUUUUCUGAUUAUGUAUUAUCCUUAACAAGGAUUUAGCAUUUGAAAGUAAAACCAAUGUAUAUUGCAUUCAAAUUAAAUAAAAGAGAUUGCCUAUAAUCUCUUGGAUUUUUUCUCUUUUUACAAAAAAUUAAAACGACUGCCCCCAUCCCUUCCAUCAUUUUUUUUCAAUUACAGUGAAACUUGGUGAAUUUUUCUAGUGGUGAAUCCUUAGGGAUUCGAUUCUGCUCCACUUUUCUCUUUCCCAGUAAAUGGAGUGAUAAGGGGUCAGCUGCAGCCCUGAAUAUAGUUUAUUGCUAUAACAGAUAAUGAAAACUACCUGAACUACUACUCCGCCUGCAGCCCCUCCCUCCCCCACACACUUCAUUUCUCAGGUGAUUCAGACAUCCAAAUGUAAGUGAUAACUACCAUUCAGGAGCGCUCUGUCUGCAGUGGUACCAAAAAUGCCAGAAUAUUUCUAGCCAUUCUACUUUACUAUGAUGGGGAAGAGAUGCUAGACUAUAAAAGCCUCAAAACAUGGUAAAGGAAGGGAUGAAGUAGAAGCUGAAUACAGCAAAAUAGAAGAGACUAUAAUUCAAAAAAAGCUAUUUCCCAGAUUUCGAAUUAGGGAAGUUUGACUUCUGUAGACCCCCAGAACUUCUGAGACUCCAUGGACAUAGUCCAUUCAGGAGGAAACAACCCUAUUAAUUACAGAUUAGUAGGAUUAAAGGGGUUAGUGGGUAAAGAAUCAAAUGUUUAAUGUUCACAUGAAGAUACACUUGGAAGGAAAUCAAUUUAAGAGAAGGGCAAAAAUUCAGUGGCAGAGCAUCUGCUUGGCAUGUAGAAGUCCCAAUCCUCCUGGUAAAACAAUCAGGUAAUAAGUGGCGUGAAAAACCUUUACCUAAGACUCUGGAGCCAUUGCCAGUCUGACAGUACUGACCUUGAUGGACCAAUGCAUUAAGUCAGCAUAAAGCAGCAAUAUCUAGAACAUUCUGGUAACGUUUCAAUGCAAAAUACAAUUGCGUCUUUAAACAUUUCUACCCAUCAUGAAAGAAAUCUAGUUUGUUCACACAAGCAGCAUUUAUUUUUUCCAUUCUAUCGCAUGCAUUAAUAUUAAUAUAAACUGGCUGUUUACAGCGGACUAACUGUAUCUACCUAUACGAGUUUUUUCCUAGCUACCUAUCAUACAAAUGGCGUCCCUAUAACCAGUAAGUUUACCUAAUAGUUUUUCCAUAUGGUCAUGUACCCAGAAGAGAGAAAAUAAGUGCUAGCUGCUUGUGUGAAACAAAACUAUCAUUUGGGUCACCUAGAACAAAUUGGCAAAUGAAUACCUGCAUGGCUCAUAGCCAUUCCUUUCUUCAUCAAUAAGCUGAACUGUCCCUACAUUGUAGGCAACUGACACCAUCUCUGACAUUAGCUGGUGAUUAUGUCAAAAAUAGAUCUUCUCAAGACAGUUCUGGAACUGUGAGUUACAAAUAGGUUAACAGCUGUUCCUUGCUGCU